AUGUUCUACUCAGAAAACCUCCUGAGCAAUGAUGGGCCUCUCGCCCAAGUUUGGCUCGCUGCUAACAUGGAAAAAAAAGUCACACGCCAACAGUUUAUCAAAACUGACAUCUCAACUUCAGUCCAUGCUAUUGUCGAUAGCUCAGGUGUCCCCCUAGCUCUUCGUCUCUCAGGACAACUCCUCCUAGGUGUCGUCCGUAUCUACAAUAAAAAGGCUUCAUAUCUUGCAGAAGACUGUAAAGAAAUUCUCCUCAAACUUCGCAUGGCUUUCCGACCAGGAAAUGUCGAUAUGGACCAAGACACUGUCGCCGUCGCUAAGACACAAACCCUUACACUCCAAAACAAAGUCACCGAUCUCGACCUACUGCUCUUACCUGAUCCCAAUUUUGAUUUUGACCAGGAUUUCGUUGGAAGCUCUCUCAUGGGUCGUAGAAAUGUCGACGAAGAAGGUACAAGUCUUCUCAUCUCGUCCCAAGUCGCGUCUCAACGCAGAGACAUUACCCUAGCUGAUAUGGAUGAUACCGUGGAUGUUGGUCGUGGACGCGCAAAAAACGAUUUGGAUGAUUUGGACGAUAACCAGGACUUGGAUCUGGGAUUAAAUUUUGACGAAGAAGUCGAAGAAAAGGGUACUACCGGAUUGGAUCUCGACCUUGAAGGAUUAUCACCUGUCCCCGGUGCUGAAGAAGAGGGAGAAGAAGGAGAAGGAGAAGAAGAAGGUUAUGAUAUGGGUACUAUGCCUGAUAUCCAACAUGAUGAACAUGAUCAAGAAGAACUCGACUCAGAAGUGCUUAAAAAACGUCGCGAAGCUUUUGAAAAGCAAAUUGCUGCCGCUGGCUUAGAAGACGAAGAUGUUGAACUUGGUUUGUCUGCCCCCCCACAAAGACCCGAAGGCGAAGACAUUGAAGCUGCCGGAGAAGUUGCCUUUAAGGAUGUCGAUGUGGACAUGCCUGAUGUGGAACAUCCUAUUACAGGCCCCACUGAUGCAAAUGCCGACUUUGAAAUGCCCCUAUCACCUUCUGGCCCAGCAACCCCACCCCAAACAUCAGCCAAUCUCUUGGGAAAUAUUCAAAUUGCCGGCGAAGAAGAACAAGGUGAAGAACCAGCAAUGUCCCUUAUUGAGGGCGAGGGAAAGGCUGAUGAUGAAGUGAGCAUUAUGACUUCACAAAUGCAUCACCAACAACUCCAAAAUGAACUCCAACAACAACAAAGACAACGGCGGCGGCCCCAAGGCCCUCGCCAUGCACACAUUGAUCGGAUGACAGAGAUGGAGACAUCCAGCUUACAAAUGCAACAAAAUAGAGAAAGUAUUAUUCGAACCGAUCGCCGAAUGCUACCAGCCGAUCCGGCCAUGUUUUCUCUACUGGCUCUUGCAAAUGAUCAGACAAGAUUUCUCCAGGCCAUGUUCCAAUCUUCUCCUAGACAACACCCAGAGAUUGCGCGACUGAUUGCGCCGGACUAUGUGAGCCAAAUGAUGAAACGCAAGCGGUCGCUGAGCGAUGUUGGCGGGCCACAAGAGGAAGAGCGGAGAGCAGAGUCAGAGGAAGGAUCUAAGUCACCGGAGGUGCGGGCACCGAGUGUCGGGGAGCUUGAUUUGGACUUGGAAGGCAUUGUUGUACCGCCUUUGGAGCAGGAUGAGAGUAGUGAGGAGGAAGAGGCUCGUGGAGAGGAUAUGGGGGGUAUGGAUUUUGGGGUUGAAGAGGGUAGAGAAGAACCUGAAGUAAGCGAGGAAGUUCUUGCGAAGCGUCGGGAGGCGUUUCAAAAGCAAAUAGAAGCUGCUGGAAUUGAGGAAGAUGAGGAGGAGCAGGUUGGUGGAACCAUUGCUGCCAAAUUACCCGAGGAAGAAUUAGCAGAAGAAGAAGAGGAAGAAGGAGGGGCUGGAAAGGAAGAAGGCUUUGGAGCACCGUCUCCACGGGAAGAAGAAGAAGAAGAAGAAAAGGAAUUAAAAGAAGAGGAAGAAGAAGAGGAGGAAGAAAUUCCUCUUGCAAUGCCAGCCGAAGAAGAAGAAGGUAGUGUAUUUUAUGGAGCAUCUUCAUCUGCAGCAGCAUCAGGAGUUUCACAGUACACAAUCAAGGCCGCACAAAUGAUUCGACAGCACAUUCCUGAGGAAGUCCAUGUAGAUGGGCAAGCGACUCAGGGGGGAUCAAUUGAUUUUGAUGGGAUGCUAGGGUCAUCUGCCAGCAAAUCCACGCGGGUCAAGAUGUUUUUCGAGGUACUUGUAUUGGCAACUAAGGAUGCCAUUAAGGUGAAACAGGAGCAUGCAUUUGGGGAGAUUAAGAUUACAGCAAAGCGACACCUGUACGAUGAUAUUUGGAAUGAAGAGAAGGAUGGGGAUAGAGCGACUACAAGAGAAGAUACACCGGCUGAUGAUGAUGCAGGUGGUGUUGGUGGUGAAGAUGUUGAAUUUUUAGGUGGAGAGCCUGUGGAGGGGCCUAUUGAAGUUUAA